AAUUCCAUAAUGAGUGAGAGGAAAGUAGUUGGAAAAAAAUAUGAAUAUCAAACACAUGAUAAAUUGGGAUCAGGAGCAUUUGCAGAAGUUUAUUUUGGGAAAAACAAAUUAACUCAAGAAGCUGUCGCAAUCAAAGUUAUCAAGAGAGCAGUAUUGGCUAAAUAUGGGUAAGGUGUUAAUAAAAUAAUUAAGCGAUGAGAUAUUGUAAUAGAUACAUUAGGAGGUGGAAAUACUAUAGGAAUUAGUAGAGGCUUCUAAAACUGAUGCUUGUCCGUUUAUCAAUAGAAUAUAUGAAUGCUUGGAGACAACAAAUAAUAUCUACAUAGUGUUAGAAUUUUGCAAUUAAGGAACAUUACUCGAUCAAAUUAAAAAAGUAAAGAAAUUAGAAGAAGACGAAGCAUUAUUCAUUUUGUUUUAAUUAUUAUAGGCACUUGCAUUAUUGGCUAAAAAUAAUAUAGCUCAUAGAGAUAUUAAACCUGAAAAUGUUUUCAUAAAGGAUGGAGUUUAUAAGUUAGGAGAUUUUGGUUUUGCUGGAUAAAAAUCAAUGUAUUAGACUCAUUUGGGAACCUUUCCAUAUAUGGCCCCAGAAUUUUUCACAAGUGAUCAAUACGACUCAAAAGUGGAUGUGUGGGCAUUAGGAUUGCUAACUCACGAGAUGCUAUUCGGAGAAAUAUACUUUAUAGGAAAGAGUUAAUUCGAAGUUUAACAGAAGAUUCUAACAAAGUAAUAUAUUUUGGAUGAUUAAAAAUAUGCAGUUUCAGAUGGAGUGAAAGAGUUGUUAAAAUAGAUGAUUACAAAAGAUCCUAAUUAAGUAAAUAUUAAUAAUUAUAUUAUUUAGAGAAUCACAGCCAGAGAUGCNUAUCAAAAGAUUUGA